GUCCAAUCCCAGAACAGCUGGAGCUUUGUAAAGGUUCCCAAAAGUGAAACUCUCAUCGACCUCAUCCUUUUCUAAACCCGGACUAAUUACAAACACAAAAUACCGCAGCCGCUGGACAGAACUCGGAUGUGGGCUAUCUUGGUAAUGAGUGAAUGAGGAACAAGGGAACAAAGACCGUGGAUUCUCACUGGGAGAGCCAUUGGAAAGGGAAAAGGAAAGUCCUUGAACUAAAUUCUAUUCAACUCUGAAACUUCAAAACAAUUAUGAUCAAAGACCUUGAUUCCGAUUUAACUUACAAGGUGUAUGGACAGUUUCAUUUUACUGAUCCGUGGUGGGAAGUGACGGCAAAGAUCAAGUGUGUCAGGGGGAAAUGGUGUUUACAGCGUUAUCCAUCUUACCGUCUGAGGAGUCACCUGGGCCAUCAACGAAUUCAAAUUUUCAGCCUGUUCCUGACAAAAUGUAAUGUCCACAAUCAACAUAAACAACCCUUCGUUAAAUAUUUGUCUGAGAACACCAAUCUUGAGUUUUCAAACUUAUUGCUGACUUUACAAUUGAUUGUGGGUAAGAAGGGUAGAGAAAAAAGUUUUGCAAAAAACAUUAUUGCAGCCAUAAAGAGUUCAGUUGAAGGUCAAUGUAUGCAGUACGCUUUGAAGUUCCAAAACCUGAUGAAGUACCUGCCAGGACUUUUGCCACGGCAUUUUUUGCAUAUUUUGAUGCCAAAGGAGAAAAAUGGAAGAGAGCCCUUUACCCUUGAUCUGGAGGAGUUGGAGUGGAUGAUUCAGACAGAAGUGUGGAAGCUAGGAUUUGGGGUGAUUCUCACACAGGAGCUAGGACUUAUUGGUUGUGAGGCAACCUUGUUAGCCUUUGAAGAAUCUGAUCUACUGAGGACAAUUCCAGAGUUACAAAGGCAUGCUUUGGUCAUUUAUGAUAGACUCAAACAAACUUGCUGGAAUAAGGGACACACUUAUCUUCAUAUUGAUGAACUGACUAACUUACGUCCAUCUGAGUUCAGCAUUGAAAGUGCAUGGGAAUCACUAAAAUUUUUAAAGGACCGAAAGAUAAUUGUAACAGAAAAAAAACGAGUAUAUCUCACACGUUUUUACAACUAUGAGAAGGAAAUUGCACUUGGUAUAAAGGAACUUGUAGAGAAACCUUCAUGGCAGAUUUCUGUGGCAGAAGUUCUGAGAAAAUCCUUCACCCCGAUGCAGAGGGAAAGACUAUCUGAAGAUGUGGAGCACACUGAAGUUAUUGGUUUGGACCCAGAGCAGUUGAAAGCUGUUGCCAUGAUGUGUUCAAAUCCUGUUACAGUCAUCAGUGGAAAAGGUGGCUGUGGAAAGACUACACUUGUCAGCCUCGUCUUCAGGGCAGUAGUUGAAAAUAUGGAGAGUGCGGAUAAUGAGGAACUGUUGCAAGCAUGUCAAGCUCUUGAGCGGGAUGAAUGGGCUUCGGAAAUUUGGGAUAUUCCGGCCAGUAAAGCUCCCGAUGUUGAUUCUGAUGAAAAAGGUGAAGUCAAAAAACCGUCUGUGCUUUUCACUGCACCAACUGGAAAGGCAGCGUCUCUUUUAAAGAAAAAAACUGGGUUUGCUGCUUAUACUUUACACCAGGUGAUAUGGAAUUUCUGGUCUAUCAAGAAAGCUAAGUCGCCAAGCCCGCACCUUGAUUGGAAGUUUUCUGAUGUCCAGGUUCUGAUUGUUGAUGAGGGGAGUUUGGUCUCUGUGCAGGUCCUAAGUACAGUUUUAAAGUUACUUCUGAAUCAUGCCAAUCUCAAAAAGCUUAUAAUCCUUGGUGAUGUUAGACAGUUACCAAGUAUCGAGCCUGGCAACAUGUUAAAUGACGUAUACUCCAGUUUAAAACGAAUUAGCUGGGGCAUUGAACUUGAAACCAAUCAUCGUGCAGAGAGUCAGCUGAUAAUAGAUAAUGCUGCUAAGAUUGCUGAGAUGGGAUUGAAGUCUAUAUAUAAAGAGUUGCAGUAUGAUGCAGUGAUGCACAUAUCAAAGCAAAGCACCAUCACUGUUCCAACAUCUGAUAAAAAAUUCAUUCUCGUUUCUCUACCCCGUGAAUCUACCCCCGAUGUUCUUCAGAAGGCUAUCAGACAUUUACUAAAAAACGCCCCAGGACUGAAAAAUGAUGUGACAUCACAGUUCAUUGCAUUUAGACGGAUGGAUUGUGCCUUAAUUAAUGAACUCUGCUGCAAGCAAUAUGCAGGUCAUCUGACUAGAAAUGAUAAAAAGAAGACUGAGUUCCAGGUUGGGGACAAAGUGUGCUGUACAAAGAAUGGAUACAUCAGAGAUUUCACAGAAGAAUCAGAGCCAAAAGUAAAAUUAAAGACAAAGUCAGAGCCAGAGAAAGAGAACCGAGUUCGUCUGUGUAAUGGAGAAAUUUUUUUUAUCCUUCAGUACAAAAUUAAACAGGAGGAGAACAAAAGCUCACAUUACUUGCUCCUGGAUGAUAAGGAAAAUCGGCAAAUUUUAGUGAACUAUAAUGAAAUAAUGAAAGAGUGCAGAUUGCAACAUGCAUGGGCCAGAACAAUCCAUACAUUUCAGGGCUCUGAAGCUGACACAAUUGUGUACGUUGUAGGAUCAGCAGGAAGACAGAACUGGCAGCACAUCUAUACUGCAGUCUCACGAGGGCGUCAGCGUGUCUAUGUUGUUACUUCUGAGGACCAUUUUAUUCAGGCAGUGACAGCCAAAAGCCCUCGCAGAAACACACAACUACGUGAAUUGCUGCAAGAGAAAUUAGUAAAAGUGGGAUCCUCUUCGUGUAUUGAGGGAUCACUGUUCCAGCAACAGGCAAGUUUAGGAGUGUUUUCCACACAUGCAAAAGCCAACUCCACCCAGUUUGAUUCAGUUGUGCCCUCCACGCAAGUAAUGGGUGACUUUGUGUUGCAUAAAGCCAAUGAAAUAAAAACAGAUGGCAACAAAACAGAUUCUCAGAAGGAAGACUCCUUUUCAGAAGAUUUGGCAUUUGCACAGAAUUAUAGCUGGUCCCCUCAGAGUCUGGAGUUUGACAACAGAGAAUGUUAUGAGGCCCAGAAAAGCCCAACAGCAGCAUGCACCUCCUCUCUUCAAACUAAUGAUGAAGCCACAAGGGAUACUUCAGUGGAGACGACUGGUGAAGAGGCCACAAGUUCUAAUAAAGUUGAAACACCUUGGUCUUCUGGCAGUAAGAGAAUUAGUAAUACUUGGGAUAAUGAGCGAUCACCACAAAAAUAUUAUAAGGCAUCCUUGGCGGAAUCACCUCUUGACUGUAAUAAGUUUAUGCAGCUGGCACUUGACUGCCCACCCCCAGGAGGAAACUUGAAUGUAAAGCAGCUGUUUAAAGAAGAAAAGUGAAUGAGACGACAAAGACUUUACACAAAAAAGACACUGAAAUAAUAUGCUCUGAGUUAAAGGAGCAGCAUGCUUUCACGGAGAAGGUUUUAUCCCUUGGAGAAAGCUGAACAUUUGGCCAAUGGUGUUUUAAAACUGGUUCUAGGACAGCAAUUUGCACUGAUCAAGAUGUGUAAAAUUGAUUUACUCAAUACAGGUCUGGUCGGAUAUUCUUUUUAUUGAUGUUAGUUUUUGCUAAAUGACCAGUUACUUUUUUAAAAAAAAUAGAACAUUCAUUAUUUCAUUUCCUAAAAAAAUGAUUUUUUUGUAGGAAGCCUCAUACAUCAAAGUCUACUUAUGUCUAACUCGUCUUAUAGUGUAUUUGCAGUUUAAGUAUAGAUGCAUUCUUAAAACUAAUCUACUGAAGUCAUGAUGCAUGUUUUUUAUCUGAUUUUAUUUCAUCUUGCAUAUCCCAUACAAAUCAGCAGUGAAGAUUCCCAAAACCUUAAGAGGACGAUAAAUAUCAUGCUACCAAAGUAGGAAAUUUGUACAAAAAUACUUUACAGUUUAUAAUACUUGUUUGUUACAAAUAAAAAUACAUUGUCCAAAGGACAUAAGUAUGACA